GGAAAAUGUGAUUUUUAAAGACGCCAGGAAAAGCUGUCAGCUAAACUGUCAACAAGAAGGCAUCCAUUCUUCUAAGACUUCAAGCAGCUCAUGUGAUGAAGCUGCAGGCAUUCCUUCUGACGUCAGCACGUUCUCUCAUUGUUGUCGUCCCUGUGUUAGCCCUGGUGCUGCUGCAGCGAGAGCGAGACAGUCAUCGAGAUUGGGAGUCUCGUCGACCGUCAAAGUUACCAAAUACUCUGCUGUUUUGGCUGGAAUGGUUUAUGGAAAAAAGAAAUAUGCCUUUCCGUGGUUUGGAAUGGAUAUUGGAGGGACCCUGGUUAAGCUGGUGUACUUUGAACCAAAGGAUAUCACUGUUGAAGAAGAGCAAGAAGAGGUGGAAAACCUGAAGAACAUCAGGAAGUAUCUUACACUAAAUGUUGCCUAUGGGUCAUCAGGCAUACGAGAUGUGCACUUGGAACUGAAGGACCUCACUCUGUGUGGACGCAAAGGCAAUCUGCACUUUAUACGUUUUCCUACUCAGGACAUGCCUGCUUUCAUUCAGAUGGGUGGAGAUAAACACUUUGCCACUCUUCACACUACAUUGUGUGCAACGGGAGGAGGAGCUCACAAAUUUGAGCCAGAUUUCCAAACAAUGGCUCAUUUACGUCUCCGGAAGUUGGAUGAACUUGACUGCUUGAUAAAGGGAGUUCUUUAUAUAGACUCUGUAAGUUUUAAUGGGCAUUCAGAGUGUUAUUAUUUUGAAAAUGCCUCCGAUCCAGAGAAGUGCCAGAAGAUGCCUUACAAUCUGGAAAACCCAUAUCCACUUCUCUUGGUGAACAUUGGCUCUGGUGUUAGCAUUCUUGCCGUUUACUCAAAGGACAACUAUAAAAGGGUAACUGGGACCAGUCUUGGAGGUGGGACAUUCCUUGGCCUUUGCUGUUUGCUCACAGGCUGCUCUACAUUUGAAGAAGCUUUGGAAAUGGCAUCACAUGGCGACAGCACCAAAGUAGAUAAGUUAGUAAAGGAUAUCUAUGGAGGAGAUUAUGAGAGGUUCGGACUACCUGGCUGGGCUGUGGCAUCUAGUUUUGGAAGUAUGAUUUGCAAGGAAAAGCGUGACUCUGUCAGCAAAGAAGAUCUGGCAAGAGCAACUUUAGUUACUAUUACAAAUAAUAUUGGCUCUAUAGCAAGGAUGUGUGCACUCAAUGAGAAUAUCACCAGGGUGGUUUUUGUUGGUAACUUCCUUCGAGUCAAUACCCUUUCCAUGAAACUUCUGGCAUAUGCCAUGGAUUACUGGUCAAAGGGACAGCUGAAAGCUUUGUUUCUGGAGCAUGAGGGUUACUUUGGAGCAGUUGGUGCCUUACUGGAGUUGUUAGACUCAGCAGAGCCAUGAAGUUUCCUUGCUUUUGGUCUGAAUUUUCAAGCAAAAGGUUACUAGUAUAGGAUGACAGGUGGACUAACAGCUAGUAACCACUGUACUCAAAACUGUUUUUCUUUGUUAUAAAAAUGAUUUGAAGUCCGUCCUAAAGAGAAUGAAAUUAUGAUCAUUCCAUUGGUGGACUAACAGCUAGUAGCCACACUACUCAAAACUGUUUGUAUUUAUUAUAAAAAGUAUAUCAGGUCUGUCCUAAAGAGAAUGAAAUCAUGAUCAUUCCAUUUGGUAUUGCCAGAGUUUGGCAAAUUUACAUAUGUUUAUCCAGAAAGGCUUAGAACUUUAGAUUGAGCUGGUAAAAUAAUGCCACUCUUGCACAACACUUUACACAACUUUUGCAGUCCAGUAAGUGGUCUUUUAGAAUUGAUUUCAGGCAGGUUUGAUGCAUAUCAUCCACCCUACUCUGAUUACACUUCACCAUUUAAUGUAGGCCAUAGUUGGGAGUCAGAACUACUCCAAUGCAGUAUUUCAUGCAAAAAUGUUCAGCAAUGAUAGUCAUUGAUACAUGAUACUUUCAAACUCUUUUUACAUAAUGAAAUUCAUCAAAAGUAGACAAACCUACAAGUUGCUAGUACUGUUUGACCUCGGAUGCAUAUUUAAAAUGCUGGCAUUUUAGAGGUUCCAGUUGUGUUUUUUGCUGGUGAAAAGUGUCAGCCUCACAUGUAUGUUCUUCAGAUUUGAAGUCACAAGAGGGAAGUAUCUUUCAGAAAUGAUGUACAACAGCAAGAAGGCAUAAUUUGGAAAUAAGAGGGGAAUGGCUUGGAAGCAAUGUGAAUCAGUUUUUUCAUCUUUACAGAAAACAUUGGUAAUGGAAAGAAAAUAUUUUUAAGAGGUGAAAUCGAAAGCUGAAUUCAGAAAAUGCAUAUAUGAAAAAAGUGUAGUUUUACUAGGCUGUAGAAAGUAGAAAUGUUUUGCUUAGCAAGGAUUUACAUAAAUUAAUAAAAAGAGUAGGCAGGCCAAGCAGUUCUUGUCUGCCAGUAAACUCUUGUGUUUAUUCACAUCCAGAAAGGAAAGCUGUACUUACACUUAAGCAUAUUUGCUUGCCAGGUGGUCCCCUCCAGCUCAAUCAAAUCACAUACUUUGACUACUGAUGUGAAUUUAAGAGACACAGCUACCUAUGUCAGUGCAUCAUUGUACUAGCUUGAAUUUUGUCAGUUAAAAUGACUCCUGAAAUAUGAUGAAGUCCAAGUCACUCAUUUUAUAGCCUGACUCAGAAUGGUUAUCUAGGAGAGACUGAAAAAGUGGAGAGACUGCAAGCAGAAUUCUAGUGUAAAUGCCAUAUUAGGUUUUGUGCAUUUUUUUCUUUCCUCUGGAAAGUACUUGUUAUAAACUGAUAGUCUGUUAACCUUGCAGUGCUGUUGGGGUAUAGUUGUGUAACUGUAAAAGGCUGAGCCUUUUAUGCAUGCAUCUUAAUGUUGCAACUUUGUUGUUAGUGUUGUAUAUUUAGUGUUCAUUGUGGUAAACACAAACAUAUAUUUUACCAUCUGUCACCCUUAUUUUGUGAUGGACAUAAAGAAAUGCAGAGCAGGAGCUACAGAUUCAAGCUAGCUAUGUAGUCAUUUGCCAAGACGGUAAAUUUAACAGCACUGCAUAAUAGCAGUAAAUGCCUCAAAGGUAUGUAAGAUCUGAGAAAGUAGUUUACAGUAUUUUCUGAUAUUAUGGUGUUCAGAGUAGGAAACUAAUGCAUUGCCUGGAAAAUACGGUUAACAACAGAUCCUUGAUUUUAAACCAAACCAACUUGUGUGCCUAUAUUCAAAAGCUGAAUGGAGUCAGAACUGUGUCUAUUAAUCAUAAUGUAAAUGUACUCUGCUGUGAAUGUUUGUUUUUGUGCAAGUUUUCAUGACAAGUGUCUGUUGGUACAAGAAAGUGUAAAGCUGUUAUGAUUUAUUAAGACAAUCUGUGUAUAAAAAUAAUUUUCCAGUGAUUAUGUUUUUGUUUGAUAUGUAAAACUGUAAAGUCACUGCUCGUGUCUUAAGUGGCAUUUUGUAUCUGUUUUGUAAUUUAAAAAAAUACAUGAUUUUGUAUCUGAAAAGGAUUAUGUCACUGUGAGUUCAAAAAUGUUUAUAUACAUUUCUGAAAUUAAAUAGCUUCAGUGAGAAACUUCUUUUUUUCUUCUAAAAUUUAAAUAUAGUCAGUCAGACGUAGGCAUUAAUGAAAUGAAUAAUGAAUAUGGCAUUGCAAGAAGUGGUUAUAAAAAUGUGUAUUUAUGUAAGAAUAGUGUUCAUUGUUAGAAUUUCCCAAAAUUACUUUUAUUUUUUUACUGUUCUUUGCUCAUUAACUGAACUGUGUAAAGAUCUUGUUUAUGACCACACAACAUCUUUUUAAUUUUAUCAAAGUUCAUUUUUGCUGUAAAUUAUUAAAUUUUAUAUUUUGAA